AUGACAAGACUCAUCACGGCGUUGCUGGUGCUGCAGGCUGUGGCGAGGUUGGGUCGCGUGGCGGCGGCAGCGGAGUCGACGCACGCGGCUGACCAGCAGCCAGCCCCUUCCGCGGUGCCGUCGGGGCUUUCUGGGCCAGAUUACACGGGGCCAUCCGCCGGUUCCGACGAGUGCGACCCAGAAAUGGUGGGCUUCGAGCUGGUGACCGGCUACGUGUUCACCGCGCCCACGAACAUGCUCGAGUCCAUACCGGGUACGCUGAUGCUCACCGAUUGCUUGGAGACCUGUCAAGCGAACGAUUCCUGCCAGGCGGUCAACUACGAGACCGGCCUGUGCGUUCUAUUCAGCUCGAACGCCGACAGCAACCCA